CGCCCUCUUCCCGCCCAAGGGGAUGAGUUCCACUUUCGCCCGCCAUUUUGUUUUCUAGGGGGAAGAUGUUCCAGGGUUUAUCCUCAGACUCGGCUUCGUUUCUGGCGGUUCUGGUGGGGCUGAUUAAAGCCCUGUCCGUCACGAGCUUUGAAGGCGAUUGUGGAACAAGGCCUUCUGUGAAUGACAUGACACUAGAUACUUGGAUUGUAGGUGGACAUGAUGCUCAGGUCGGGGCAUGGCCAUGGCAAGUUAGCCUUCAGCUCUACCGCGUUGCAUUAGGUGGAUAUCGCCAUGAAUGUGGUGGCUCUUUAAUUGAUAACAACUUUGUGCUGACAGCAGCACACUGCGUUAAAAAAUGGGUGAACCCGGAGUAUUGGCGAGCUGUGAUUGGCUUGCAUCACCUUUACAAAUGGAAGUCUCAUACUAUAGCUGAACGAGUGAGAGAUAUCAUAAUCCAUUCUGAUUUCAAAGAGGGCAGCUAUGAAAAUGACAUUGCCUUGUUUAAACUACUGAAGUCUGUCACGUACAAUGAAUAUAUUCAGCCUGUUUGUUUACCUGACAUUUUUCAUCUAGUGCCUGAUAAGAACCUAUGUUACAUAAGUGGAUGGGGAAAAAGAGAGAAGAAAGGUAAAUUUAAACUUACAUUACAAGAAGCACAAGUAGACAUUCUUCCACUAUAUACUUGUAAUAAGUAUGAGUGGUAUAAAGGGAUAAUAUCAAGAAAUGUGAUGUGUGUGGGCUCUGCAAGUGGACAUGUAGAUAACUGCGAGGGAGACAACGGUGGACCACUAAUGUGUCAUUUUCAAAAUGUCACCAAAUAUUAUAUUUUAGGAAUCACCAGCUCUUCUACUGUCUGUGGCAUUCCAAAACAUCCUGGAAUCUAUGUUCGUGUAGUCAACUACAGAAGUUGGAUAGAUUCAUAUCUAUAUAAUAAAACAAGUACCAUCAGCAUUCAGUGUGGCCUCACCCUUUGGAUUGCAGAAUGGCUAAUCUUUCACCUACUUCCAUAAAGAGGCAGAUGUCUUUUGCUGAACUGGAAUGCUGAAGUAUUGCUUUCUACAAACAAUGCUAUUUCUGCUCAGUUUAUUUCAUAAAGUUUAUUAUUUAAGCUACCAAAA